AUGGCUCGAGGACAUCAGAAAAUUCAAUCUCAAGCAAAAGCAGCAGAGAAGUUGUCUAAAUUGAAAAAACAACAAGGUCACAGUGCCACUGAUCAAAAGAAAGCAGCCCAGAAAGCUUUAGUUCAUGUGUGUGUUGUAUGCAAGGCUCAAAUGCCGGAUCCGAAGACUUAUAAGCAGCACUUUGAAAACAAGCAUCCCAAAAAUGAUUUACCAGAAGAUUUAAAGGCAAUUUGA